AUGGUGAUUCUCAAGGAGUACAGGAUCGUCAUGCCGGUCACCGUCGAAGAGUACAAGAUAGCACAGAUUUACAUGACCGCCAAGACUCAGUCUAUGGAGGCUGAGCAACCCAACGGAGCUGGUGAUGACACCAUGCGGAUGUGCGACUUGUUCUUUGCUGAGACUCUGCGAUCAGGAGUGGAAAUCUUGGAAAAUACACAAUGCGUCCAUCCGACUAUGGGUCCUGGAAUCUACACUAAGAAACACUAUCACAUUGAGAGAAGAUUUCCGGGAUGGCUUCGAGCGAUUGCCCCCAAGUCUGGAAUGACUCUUGUUGAGACUGCCCACAACUGCUAUCCGCACGUCGUGACGGAGUUGAGGCUCCCUCUAUUCCACAAGUUCUUGAUGCGGGUUGAGACGAUUCAUGCACAAGACAGGGGGGAUAGCUUCAACAUCCACAAGUUGGACGACAAGAAGUUGAAGCAGAGAGAAAUAGUGUACGUGGACAUCUCGGAGAAGGACGACCACCACAAGAAGAAGAAGAUGUACGACAAGGAUAACACGGAUCCAAGAACUUUCAAGUCCGUGCGAACAGGCCGCGGGCCCCUCGUCGGGAACUGGCAGUCGUCGAGUGAACCUGUCAUGUGCGCUUACAAGCUGGUGACCUGCGAGUUCGACUACUGGCCCUUCCAGCACAAGAUCGAAGAGUUCAUGCACUCGUACGAACGGUCAAUCUUCCUGAACGCAAACAGGUCCAUGUUCUGCUGGAUGGAUGAAUGGCACGGCCUCUCCGUCGAGCAAGUUCGGAUUUACGAGGAGAUGGUGACUGAGAGGACGAACAAGAUAACUGCUAUUAAGGAGGGCAAGCUGCACGGCAGGAUUGAAGACAUCCCCGAAGUUCACCCGCCGAGCCCCGAGACGGCGGAGGGCGAGAAGGAGCAGACGGAGAGGAAGGACGCGGUCGCCCCUGCUCUGAACGAGAUUAUCAAAGUCGAAGGAGUAUCGGACGCCAAUGUCAGCGCCGACAACUUGAUGGGCGACAAACUGACCGAGUCUCCUCAAGAGAAUGGGAACAAAGGAGGAGAAGCGAACGGUGUUGGCCUCCAUCAGGCUUCUGUUAACGGCGAUCGAGCUCCGCAGAUCUUGCUAGCUGGGCCCGACGAAGCUGUCAAGGUGGAGGUUGAGAAACCAAGGGAUCGGACGCUGCCCCCUCAAUUCGUUUCCUCUCCUGCUGUACGCAAGAACCAGCCUCAUGAGAAUGGCGACGAGGAUGUGAAGCUAACGAUGAGCGACGGAGACGAGAAGAGGGACAGGUUGAUGGCCGGGAGCAGCACGAGCCUUCCUGAGAAUCAUGCGCACCGUGAAAACAGCGACUCCUCGUACGGGCAGUACGAGAUCAUUCAGAGCGGGCAAGCUGUUUGCUCCAUCGAGUGUAAGCUUGAAGUGCAGCCGAGACAGGACUCGCUGCCGGAGGGAUGGGAGCAGAGGUUCGACGAGGAAGGAAGGGUCUUCUACGUCGAUCACGUCAACUGUAUCACUCAGUGGAACAAGCCCAACUGA